GAUUUCACAUUGAUACUCAUUGAUAAUAAUGAAGAGCUGGUGAUAAAUUCAAAUAUUUUUAAAAGUGACAUUAAAUUGAAUUUCGAUUUUCUUUUGUUUUUAACCUCUCAAAGUGCCUAAACUAUACACGGCUGUCAUAUUUUUAUUGUUGAACUUGUUGAGCCAUUUUACGUGCAUGUAAAUAUUUCCGGAGGGUUUUGCUUUGGCAUGGCCCCAAUACGUUAUAGCCUCCACUAUGAGGAUUACUCUGAGCACUUAAUGUCCAGGUUUGGAAAAUUGCUUCAAAUGCAAUCACUGGUGGACAUGACACUUAUGUGCAGUUCGCACACUUUGCGUGUGCACAAAGCAGUGCUAGCCGCGAGUAGCGCUUAUUUUCAGGAAGUAUUGCAAAAACAAACUGGCGAACCACUUAUUAUACUGAAAAUGCGAUUCAGCGUGCUCAAAUGCCUCGUAGAGUUUAUGUAUUGUGGAAAAACUCAAUGUUUAGAAGAAAAUUUAGACGAGCUUGUAUCUGCAGCCCAGUUUCUUAAAAUCAAAGGGCUAUCCAAAGUCACGAAAGAAGGUCUUGGGAUUACUAACCACAGUGAACUGCCGGUUUUCACCCCUCCUGUGGUAAUCAAUAGACCACCGCAGUCGCUUAUUGAUUUACAUGCACAGGACGAGCCGAAACCUCCACCACCUCAGCUGCCACCGCAGACCAGCACGUGUACUCCUUCAGUCGACUCUUUAUCGAGGACUAACAAGGACACGGUGGUGCGGAUUCCCUUCGACAUCGAGAACGGCAGUAACGGCGCGGGUGGAGUUGACUACGAUGGCCCGCGCGCCAUCAAGCCCAGACGUGGCCGUCCUAGUGUAAGGCGCACUGGUGGCUGGGAUACCUCGGGCGUGCUGGGGCGAGCGGCUGAACGGGCUCUAUUACGGCGGGAGCAGGACUCGCGGAAAGCCAUCCAUCAGCUGAAGCACUUGCAGACGCGACACAUGCAGGAUUACAUGGACAGAGUGACGUUGUCGCAAGCAGUGAACAGCAUCUGCGGCCCCGAUACCUCCAGCAGCCACAACUACAUGAACAUCGACAACGAUCUGAUGUACAUGGACCAGACGGUGUCCUCGAACGUCCUUGACCCCACCAUUUCCUACAGCAAAGAACACUCCAUUGGAAACGAAACCAUAACAUCGAGCUACUCCAACACCCCUAUAUGCAGCUCUGGAAACGAUGCUUCCAACGGCGGCAUCGGUACAGCCAUGUCCCAGUAUGUAAACGCCCUCAAAAGCGCUGGACUGCCCACCGAUCUACCCAUACUCUUUGAAUCCGGAGAUGGCUCAUACAUAAACGUCAACGAACAAGUACUUCUUGAUAUGGUACAAAGCAGUGAGAUCCAAUACGAAGUCAUAGAGCAACCGAACAUUAUUGAAAAAGUUGCUGACCCAAGCGAAAUUAAAAGCAUUGAUGAUCUUUCUAAAUCGAUAGAAAGAGGUGAAAUGAUGCUUGGAUCCAAAAGUUACCCUUCAGCAUCUAAUUAUGGAAAGGACGAUAGCCAAUACAGUCAACAACAAGAAGAAGCGAUCAAUAGCUUAAAUGCUAUUCUUCCAGAUACUUUAGAAUCUUUCGGGGAGCAACAGAAUUAUGUGGUGCUCGACCCUCGUCUACAAGAAGGCAAUGAUCAUUCGAACGCACACGACUUUUCUGGGAUUGACAGCGACAUGCAGUUUUUCACCAAAUCGAUGAGUGACGAUGUUAAGAAAUAUUAUGAGGAACAACAACUUAACGAUGCUAGAGUAAUGGAGCAGCUUUGUCCCGUCAGCACUUCUUUAGACACCAACUUCAGCAUGUCUUUGCUACACACUAAAACUUCUGACAUGAAUGAAAAUCUACAUCAGCAGUAUAAUCCACUGAACCCUGAAGACGAUUUCGGUCUCCAAUUACCUCAAACCACGGAUUUCAAAGAAGAUGCUCUCGAUUGCUUAAUGUCUACUCCGAAACAAUCUGAUGAAGACGAUAAGACAAAUCGAGAAAGGGAUGAGAUUAUCAAAGACCUAAUGAAUAUAGAAAAUCGAAUGAAUAUAUCACAAGCUAAUGAUCAGACUGAAACUGAUGAUAAUAUAAACUCUAAUGAUGUGGUUCAAGAUUUCAAUGUUAACUCCUUGAAAGAUAUAGGACUUGACAAUGAAACAGAAGCAAGCCCUACGAAGGACAAAGACGCAGAAAACUUAUCUCCUAGCAUAACGUCUAGCGGUUUGCGGUGGGAUAACAUAGAUAUUAACAGUAAGGACAAUAAUUGUGAUGAAGAAAACAUCGAAAACGAUGAAAUCUGCAAUCAGCAUAAUCAUGUAGAUACAAUCACUUCAGAGAAUCGGUUUGGCGAGUCUGUAAUUGACCUAACCGAUUCAAACGUUAAGCCCGAUCAAUGGGAACUAAUUGAUGAAAACGAUAAAGAGAAUGAACAAUGUAAUGAUGAGAAUAUAAAUUCUACUCUAGAUGAAGAUAUACCUUACGCUGUCGGACUAUUACCGCUAAAAAAAGAUCAGGUGUCCGAAGACACAAGCUUGCUAAAACGAAAAAGCUCUAUUGAUGUUGACCUAUUAGAUAACGGUGAUGCGAAGUGUUUAAAACGCAAGGUGAAAUAUAAGAAAUUCUGAUGUUUUAUCAUUAUUUCAAAUAAAUUAAAGUAAA